AUGCUGCUCACGCGUGUUGUCGUGCUGAUCUUCGCGAUCUUGCUUGUGGCGUGCGGCGUGUGCGCGGCGCUGUUCCCGCUUAUGCGAAAAGAGGGGCUCAUGAUCAAAGGCCACGCCGCGGAGAAGAAGGUGUACUUAUGGUACGAAGAGACCCACUACAAGGUCGGGCUGGCCGACCACUACUACCGUACCUACCACCGCAACAGCAAGUGCGAUGGCUUCAAAACCGCUGCGGUGACCGGCGCCGCUAUCCACGUAGCUGCGUGCGGCUUGGGCGGUAUCAUCUGCCUCCUGGCCGCGGCACACAUCCACGCACGCAAGAAGUUCAACAUCUGCUGCUCCAUUAUGAUUUUCUGCCUUUUUACGUUUGCCUGCUUCGCUGUGUCAGUCGCGACAGUGGUCUUCGUCUUCAGCGCGGAUACCUGCGUGAACGACGACGCGACGCGAGUGGUGGCCCUGCGCCACCAGGGCUACAUCUUAGUGGAGGGGUUCAUGUUGCUCUGUGUAGCGGCGUUCGGCUUCUUGAUUGCUAUGUUUCUGGAGGUCUGCAGCUAG